AGGUGCUACCGCUACUGCAAGAACAAGCCCUUCCCCAAGUCUCGCUACAACCGUGGUGUCCCUGACCCGAAGAUCCGCAUCUUCGACCUCGGUCGCAAGAGGGCCUCCGUUGACGAGUUCCCCUUCUGUGUCCACCUCGUCUCCAACGAGUACGAGCAGCUCUCCUCCGAGGCUCUCGAGGCCGGUCGUAUUUGUGCCAACAAGUACAUCGGUAAGACCUCCGGAAAGGACUCCUUCCAUCUCCGUGUCCGCCCUCACCCCUUCCACGUCGUCCGUAUCAACAAGAUGUUGUCUUGCGCUGGUGCCGAUAGGUUGCAGACUGGUAUGCGUGGUGCUUGGGGUAAGCCCAAUGGUUUGGUCGCUCGUGUCAACAUUGGCCAGAUCAUCAUGUCCGUCCGUACCCGUGACAACAACAAGGCUGUUGUCAUCGAGGCUUUGAGGCGUUCUGCCUACAAGUUCCCUGGACAGCAGAAGAUUGUCGUUUCCAAGAAGUGGGGUUUCACCUCCCUUAACCGUGAGGAGUACGUUGCUCUCCGUCAGGAGGGUCGUGUCAAGCCCGACGGUGCUUACGUCAAGUUCUUGACCAACCGUGGUUCCCUCGAGAAGAACUUGAAGGCUUUCCCCGAAUUCAACGCUACCGCUUAA